CAGCGUCUGUGUGGCUAGGACCGACAUAGGCGUGUGCGGCCGAGGGACAGAGCGUCCCCCAGCUCCCGCAGCGCAGUGGUGAGGGCCGGGCGCGAGCGCGGGCUCGAGGCGUUCGAAGCUGCCGGGCCGGGCCGGGUAGGCGCCGUUGCAGGUAUCGGUGGAUUCUUCCUCCGUGGGACCUUCUCUCUGCCUGAGGAUCAAUCUGUAGGAUUACAUCUGAGAAAUGGAGAGCAACAUUUAUCAGGUUUAUGAAAAUGAAAUUCAGUCUUUGGAAGAAGAAAUUGAAACAUUAGCUCAGGAGUAUGAAAACAAUCAACUGGAAUCUACACUUUAUUCUGAUGAGAAGAUACUAAUGCCAGUAAAGCCAUUCCAAAGAGAAUCUCAUGAGGAAUAUGAAGAGCCUGAAUUUUCACCAGACCUGAAAGCUUGGUUUAACAGUUUAGAAUCUGAUCUCUCCUUUUUAAUGAAAUUUACUGGCAUUUGCCCUGCAAAUUGCUCCAGGAAAACACUGGAAAAAACUGGAAAUAAAACUAUUCAGAACUACAGAUUGUCAGGCAAUUGCCACUCACUACCUUUUGACCUGGAAUUUCAACUUCUUGAGAUGCAGAGUGAAGAAGGUAUAUCUGCUGCUGUUACUGACCUCAGCAUUAUAACGGAAUCUGAUGAAAAUUGUGAUAUAAGCAAAAUUAUGUCCAGGGCUGAAGAAGAAGGAAACCUUUUGCUUUUUUUCAGAGCCUUUUCCAACUUUGCUCAGUGGUGUAAACAUCGUAAAUGCACCUUCCUACAUUUCAAGUCACCCCUGGGUCAGGGAGACCAAAAGAAGUACAAUUCAGUCCAUGAACCACCAAUAAUUCUUGUAUAUCCAGCAAUGCCUUUUGUACUGCCAUGUCAUCAUCAUGAUGUCUCCUAUGGCCCUCUGUCAUGGCAUCCCUAAAUUGUUCCCAUAGCUGAAAUGGAUUCGAUGGCUUGCAAAAUAUGCAAAUGAAUGCAAACAUGUGUGUCAGCUGUCUGGACAUUUGAAUUCCACAUGCUUCCUCCAGACAGCAGCUUCAGUCUUCAUCAUCGGCCAGCAAAUUUUGUCAUCUUGCUGCUUCUUGAAAUGUAUUGCAGAGGACAUUGUUAAUGGUACAUAGUUUUUCAAAAUUGGUUGCUCUAUGGACAUGAAAUAAUAGUACUCUUAAACAGAAUCUUACUAUAUCAGUUGGACUCACUGAAUACAUCCUAGGGAGAAUGCUGUCUCCACCUCUUUGUCUUUUUUGCCAAACGCCUUUUUGAAAUACAUAAUGGUAUGGAAUUUCGCAGUUUAAAUACUGUUGCACUUUGGGGCAAUUGUGAUAUAAUGAAAACCGAGUGUUUAAAGUUGUUUUUGAAAUGUCUGUGUGUCGAUGGCCUCACAUUCAUGUCCAGGUUGAAAAUAUACUGAUUGUUGGAAUGGCAAAUGAACUGCUAAUCUAAUGAUUCCAUGAGAUCUAUCAUGCAUAUGGCUUUCCAGCAAUCUCCACAUAGCCUCUGGUGGUGUCACAUACCUUGCAUUAAGGUUAUUAGCUAUCUCAUCAUGUUGUAGUCAUUGAUUAUUUACUAUUUUAAUAUUGGUGCAUUAAAGUCAUACCUUUUGUUAAAUGUAUUUAAAGAUAUAUUUGAUGGACUUUAUUGAUGUGCAUACUUCAGCAUUGAUAUGAGCGUUGUAUUUUAACAAAAUGUAUUUAUUGUAUGGAACAACAUAACGUCUGUCUACUGUGUGUUUGCCUACUUGGAUUCUACAUGUUUGGCUUCUUUUAUAUAAAGGAUAUCCAUUGACAUUG